AUGUCAAAAGCGUUAUGCUGUUAUGCAUUUGAAACAUUAAUCAAUAAAUUAAAUGUUCUAGAUAGUCAAUCAUCAAAACAUUCAAUGAAAAAUUAUUUUGAUAUCUUACAGGAAAAUAUUCAUCAAUUACCAAAACAAGCACCAUUAUUUAUAACCUGGAAUAAGAAUGAUCAUUUACGUGGAUGUAUUGGUACUUUCCAAAAUUUACCAAUAGAAUCAGGAAUUGCAAAAUUUUCAAUUAGUUCUGCACUUAACGAUCCAAGAUUCCCACCAAUAUCAAAAUCAGAAAUAAAUUCUAAAUUAAGUGUUUCAGUUACACUUUUGGAAAAUUUUAUAGAAAUUAAAGAUUAUUAUGAUUGGACAAUUGGAUUGAAUGGAUUGAAAAUAUCAUUUAAUUAUGAUAAUGAACAUUAUCUGGGGACUUUUUUACCUUCUGUUGCUGAAGAUCAAGAUUGGGAUAAAUUAACUACUUUAUAUUAUUUAUUACAAAAAGCAGAAUUUUCAAUUGCAAAGAAAAAUGUUGAAGGUUUUUAUAAAAAAGGUUUAAAAGAAGGUUGGAUGAAAUUAAGUAGAUAUGAUGGAGUUAAAGGUCAUUUAGAUUAUGAUGGUUUUAUUAAAAUUAGACAAAUGAUUGACAAACCAUAG